AUGCAGUCUCUGUGGCUGAUGGAUUCCUCGUUGCCCGGGUUACAGGAUGGCCUCCCCCGCCUUCCCUUCAGAGAGAGACUGAUGGAGGCACUGAGCCUUGGCAAACACCGCCAUUACUACAUUUCCCAAAAUCCAUUUCACCACCACCCUCAGCAGCAGGAGGAGAAGAGGGAGGAUCUGUGCCUGGGCUGCACUGAGCAUGUCCCUAGGGUGCGCUCCCCCUCCCUUCCCGUCUCUCUCUGCAGAGCGAGGGAUGAUGAGCAGACGGAGGGGGGAGGGAGCGAGAGUGAUAGCGAGAGCCUGCCGUUCUUCUCUUUCGCUUCAUCCUCCUCUUCCUGUCCACUGCUCUCUUCAGCAGACGAGAGCGUAUUGUGGCGUUCGAUCAGCUGCUCCUGGAACAGACACAAACGCACACACACGCUCUGCGGCAGGCAUGGCCUGAGCUCACACAUCGCCAUGGGCAACCAGGAUGGAAAGCUGAAGCGCUCGGCUGCCGCGGAGGAUGGAGAGAUCGCGGCGGAGGAGUGCGGCCCCCUCCGAGACACGGCCGAUGGCACAAAGAAGGGAUUUCAUGGCAAGAAAUCCAAGCAUGGCAAGGGAGGAGACAGUGGUGGAGGAGGAAAAAGGAAAGCCAAGUCCGAGUCCAAGUCCUCCGUCUUCUCCAUCCGCAAACGCAAGAAUCUGGCCAAGGUGAAGGGCCUGCUGAGUGGCUCGAAGGAAGAUGCUCUGGACUCGCAGCAUGACGAGCUGGACAGCGCACCAUCCCUUUGCAACAAAACACCGGAUCUUUCAGCUGACGAGCUUGGCCAGUCUGACGCCGAGGGAGAGAGACCCCUUAUCCUCUCGCAAAACUGCCGACAAGAAACGCAGGAAACGUUGGCAGAGGAGAAGAAGGGCAGCUCUGGAUCUGAUACGGACAUCUACAGCUUCCAUUCGGCGGCGGAACAUGAAGAUCUGCUGGCGGACAUUCAGCAGGCCAUCAGGCUUCAGCAUCAGGGAGUUGCAGGUUCACCUGGAGUGGAGCAGCUGGCCUGGGGGAAGGAUUGGAAACAAAACGGCCUCAGCGAGGAAGCGAAAAGCAGCCCGACACCUGACUCUGAGGCAUUUACUGUGCUGGAGGCUCUGCAUAGACGAGAAAAUGGCCUGAAUUUGCACCUUGAACUUGCUAAGGCUACUCCAGAUGAGAGGGAGGGAGAGAAAGAGAAGGAGAGAGGGCCGGAGGAGAGGGAGAAGGCACAAGAGGAAAGUGUCAAUGGAGAGUUUAGCAGCUCAAGCCCGGACCUUUGUACUGCUCCCGUCUCCGUGGCAACCGGGACAAAAGAGCAGGAGACAGCCGAGGCUCCGGCAGCCCCCUCAGUUAUCGAGGAUGUGGAGAGGAAGGCCGUCACCACGACGACCAGCGUCACCAGCUUCCCCGACCUCACGGCCUCCUUCGAGAGUGCAGUGGAGGCCACGGAGGAAAAUGAAGUGAAUGGCCUGCAAUUUCCAGCCCAGGAGGAAAUAGAUGGUUUGGAUUUUCCAUAUUCUGGCAAGGAGGAGAACGGGCAAACCUCGGAUACACUGUCCGAAGGUGAAGGACUAGAAUCUUCUGCUGAUUCUCUGGAGUGUGUUGUGCCUGCCGUGGACUUGCCGGCUGACAGAAACGAGGAAGAGGAAGAAGUCCAGGUGAUCCAAAGGAGGAAAAGUAGCGUUUCGUUUCCGCAUUGGGUCCAGCAAGAAAGUCCUCUGGCCACUCGGCUUCUGAAAUCCAGCAUCCCGGCUUCGUCCAUGAGUCCUGCGGUCAAACCAUACCCUCCCAUCCACCCAUCCUACAUCAAAACCACGACCCGUCAACUCAGCUCUCCCUCCUGCUCUCCUGCCCCCUCGCCAUCCCACAGCCCACGCUUCCCACGCCGUUCCCGAGGUGACUCCUCGGCGACCAUUGCCAGGGCAGAACGAAGAAGGGUCAAGCGCCAGCGUUCCUACAGCAUCACUGGACCCAUCAGCCGCUCCGCCGACUGGACGGAAGAGCUCCGGCCACUGCCUCCCAAAACUGGGUCUGAGGAUUACCUAGAGUAUGGAGGCUCAGAGGGGACACUCGGGGCAGAAGGGACGUGCCUGGGUGCUUAUCGCAGAGCUUCAGCUGGACAGGCCUCUACCUGCGGCUUUCAGGAUGUAUUUACAGGUCGUACUCUCCUGGAGAGGUUCUUCCAGCAGCAGGAGAAGUCUGAGUCGGAAGAAGAAGCGGAGAAGCUCUGCUCUCGUAUUUUGGCGAUGGGUCUCCUCCUGCCCUUCAGUGACUGUUUCAGAGAGCAGUAUGGAGGCAGCACGUCACACGUCACCCCACAGUUCAGUCAGGAUCAGUUGUACACGUGGGCUCCAGUGAGUCAGCCCCCUCUGUCACUGGAACAUUUUGAGGGUCGUUUACCGGGACACCUCAAGUCUCUGUGGCCUCCGGCCCGGCCCGAAACGGAGGACAGACCUGGGCUCAAAUACACUGAAGCAGAGGACGAUGAAGAGCACCAGGCUGUUAUUUUAGGGCUGAAGAAACAACAACAGGAGGAGAUUACAGAGAUUCAGGAGGAGUCGAUGUUGAAGACGGUUCGUUUGAAGCGUGAACAUGUGACUGUGAUUGAGCAGCUAGAGCAGACCAUAGAGGAUCUGCGCAGUAAAAUCGCUGAGCUGGAGAAACAGCACCCCCUGCUGGACAGAGACAGCAUCAGCACGCAGGACCGCGAGUGCGGAGGGGACGACAGCCUGCUGCCCGAUGUCUGCCAUGUGGAUCUGCAGACAGAGGCCUCUUCUUCUCUUCUCCCAUUAGAGGCCAAAUCGGUUCAGACUUCCCCCGUAGAUGAGAGCUUUAAGUUUAAAGUGCCUUCCCCAGACCAGGGUCCGUCCGAGCAGCCUGUGGCCGGACUGAGCGAGCCUCCUGGGCCGGCUCCUGGUUCUCCAAAAACAGGACAGUUUGUGUGUACAUGCCAGCAACAGCAGCCACAAGAGACUCCAUCCCAUCCUCCCCCUCCCCCUCCUCCUCCACUUCCUCCUUCAUUACCUGGCUUUCCUGCACCUCCACCUGCCCCACCUUUACCUGGACUGCCCCAACCACCUCCCCCUCCUCCAUUACCAGGGAUUUCUGCCCCUCCCCCUCCACCACCCCUACCUGCUACUGCUCUACCUCCACCACCUCCUCCUCUACCUGGCUGCCCUGUACCACCACCACCCCCUCCUCCUCCUCCACCACCUUUACCUGGCCAAGCUGUAAUACCUCCGCCUCCUCCAUUACCUGGGACAGGUGUCCCUCCUCCGCCUCCUCCAUUACCUGGGACAGGUGCGCCCCCACCGCCUCCUCCAUUACCUGGGACAGGUGCGCCCCCACCGCCUCCUCCGUUACCUGGGACAGGUGCGCCCCCACCGCCUCCUCCGUUACCUGGGACAGGUGCGCCCCCACCGCCUCCACCCCCACCAGGACUGCCUGCACCUCCAGGGGCUUGUGGCCCCAUCCCCACAUUUGCCCUGGGAUCUCUACCCCCUCCCCUUCCUCUCGGACUCUAUGCUCUGGGGGUAGCUCAGGAGAAAGCCCCCCGGAAAGGGGUGGUGGAACCCCCCAGGCCCAUGAAGCCUCUCUACUGGACCCGGAUUCAGAUCCACGCCAGAAAAGAUGCAAACCCUCUGGUCUGGGACAAGAUUGAGGAGCCACCGGUGAACUUUGAGGAGUUUGUGGAGCUCUUCUCCAAAACAGCAGUUAAAGAGAAGAAAAAGCCUCUCUCUGAUACAAUCACCAAAUCUAAGACCAAGCAGGUGGUGAAGCUGCUUAAUAACAAGCGUUCACAAGCCGUGGGGAUCCUUAUGUCCAGCCUACAUCUUGACAUGAAGGACAUCCAACAUGCAAUUCUGAACCUGGACAACACCGUGGUUGACCUGGAGACGUUACAGGCUUUAUAUGAGAACAGAGCGCAGCCGGAGGAGGUGGAGAAGAUCGACAAGCACAUCAAAUCAUCGAAGGAGAAGGAAGGAGCCAAACCCCUGGACAAGCCUGAACAGUUCCUCUUUCAGCUGUCCCAAAUCCCCAAUUUCUCAGGAAGAGUGUUUUGUAUUCUGUUUCAGUCCACAUUUUCAGAAUGUAUAUCUUCCAUCAUGCGCAAACUGGAGGUCCUGCAGAGGGUCUGUAAGGUUCUGCAGAGCGGUUCUGGAGUGAUGAGGGUUCUGGGCCUGGUUCUGGCAUUUGGAAACUUCAUGAAUGGAGGGAAUCGAACCCGGGGACAGGCUGACGGCUUUGCACUGGACAUCCUGCCCAAACUCAAAGAUGUCAAAAGCAGCGACAACACCAGAAGUCUUUUGUCAUACAUCGUUGCCUACUACCUGCGGCACUUCGAUGAGGACGCAGGUCGCGAGACUUGCGUGUAUCCUCUACCGGAGCCGCAGGACCUGUUCCAGGCAUCUCAGAUGAAGUUUGAGGAUUUCACUAAAGACCUGCUGAAGCUGCGGAAGGAUCUGAGAGCAUGCACUACUGAGGUGGAGAAGGUGUGUAGUGUCUCCUCUGAAGAGCACCUGCAGCCCUUUAAGGACAAAAUGGAGGAAUUUGUGAGCAGAGCUAAAAAUGAGCUGGAGGCCCAGGAAACCCAACUCAGCGAAACUCACAAAACGUUCUUAGAAUUGACAGCAUUCUUCUCCGUGAAGGCCAAGAGUGGAGAGAAAGAGGUUUCACCCCACACAUUCUUCUCAGUGUGGCACGAGUUCUCCACAGAUUUCAAAGACCUGUGGAAGAAGGAGAAUAAGCUCAUCUUACAGGAAAGAUUAAAGGCAGCAGAAGAAUGUUUCAGACAGGCAAAGGAAAAAGCCACCUACAGUGUCAAACCCAAGCACGCCACUGGAAUCAAAGCGAAGCUGGGCAUGAAAAUCUAACCCUGGUGAAGCUGGACUUUUUAAUCCUGGAGGAACAUCGCAAAUGUAGAAAUAUAAAAAAAAAAUAAAAACCCUACACAGCAGGCCUGAGGUGGAGUGCAUGGACUGCAGACACGGGCUUUCACUGUUUUAACUGUUCAUACUUCUGUAUUCAACACUCGCGCACACAGGAUUACAGAUUAACGUAGCAGCCCUCAAAACUUUACUCCAUCUGCAAAAUGUACACAGGAAGUGUUUCUGGAUGUUCUGUGAUGUUGCAGCCACAUGUGAUCUGCCACUGAGUCCUCAGUCACUUGAACCAGGUUCUGUUAGCUCAAGGGCAGUAUAGUAAACCCGAAUUGGAUCAAACAUGAUUCAAACAAUGAAAGCAAGAGGAAGAAGGGCAAACAAGAAAAGAAAUGAAGCUUGACAAAGAGGGAGUGGAGGCAGAUGGUAUGUGUGUUCACUUUUACCCAGGCUUUUCAAAAUCUGCAGUAAUUUAUCCGAGCGCAGCGCAUCACCAGCAGUAUGACGGUGGAGAGAGGCUCUGUUUUUGUUUUUAGGCAAGCUGGUCAGAUGGUAGCAGUGAGGGCAGCGCCACGGUUCCCUCACCAUCAGGAUAACACUAAGCCACAGCUUUUAAAAGUAAGACGCCAGUCUCCACUGUCCUUUCUCACUGUUCUUCCUCACUGUUUUUUUUUCCCUCUUCCCUCGUUUUAAAACCAAAAGCAGGAUUCGGCGGAGGCUUUCAUCAUGCUGAGUAUUAGAUUAUCUUUGCAGGCUUUUCUUAAAUCCAUGAUUUAAAGCUGAUGUUGAUUACAGGAAGAUUUUGAUUUCAGUGGCUUACUUAAACACUUCCAAACCCUUCCAUAAGGCUUCUUAGCAAAGUACUACUCAGAAAACAUGCUGACCAGGAAUAUUGUGCAGGAUGCAGUACAACAAAAGAAUUUUCAAACAGCAGUCGAGUGGAAACCCUCUCAGAUUGUGUGGAGCUGGUGAACCACUUGUUGAAUGUUGCUAUGGGAGAAAGUGAUGAUAUACAUGCAUUGUGUUCUUCCUUCUCCAGCAAACUGGGGGUAUUAAGGCUAAAGACUGAAGCCUGAGGCGGCAGUUCUGUCUGUUUAACCGACGCUAUCAUGGCAGAAAAACAUUCGAUAGAAUUUUGGGUUUUUUUUAAUCGCAACGUACAAUACUUGACUUGAUUGCUUAAAAUGUAUUUAAAAAUGCCAUUAUUUUAUCUAAUGUAAAGUAGUAUUAACAUC